CAUCUCGCGGUAAAUUGGAAUAGGAGAAAACAGAAAUGGCGGACGAACAGGAGUUACUUCAACUUGAGAAUCUGUGUAAACAGCUUUAUGAGACGGCAGAUGGGAAUAUUCGUGCUGAGGCAGAGAAGGCUCUGGUAUCUUUUGCUAACUCUCCUGACUGCCUUAACAAAUGCCAACUGCUUCUGGAGAGGGGAAGUUCUGCAUAUGCUCAACUAUUGGCUGCCACAACUUUGACAAAGAUGGUGUACAGGCCAAAUGUGACUCUGCCCCUGGAACAACGAGUAGAUAUCCGUAACUAUGUUUUGAACUACCUUGCCACCAGAACAAAAUUGACCCACUUUGUCUCACAAUCACUUGUUCAGCUGUUUGCAAGGAUUACAAAAUAUGGUUGGUUUGAUGUCAACAAGGAAGAAUUUGUUUUCCGCAAUGUUGUAGCAGAUGUUGGAAAAUUUAUUCAGAGUGGAUCUACUCAUCAUGUUAUGAUUGGUGUACAACUCUUGUCUCAAUUAGUUUGUGAGAUGAAUCAAGUCAGUGAGUCUGAGGCAAGCCGUUCGUUAACCAAACACAGGAAAAUAGCUUCAUCAUUCCGUGACACACAGUUGUUUGAGAUUUUUCAGUUGUCUUGUUCUUUGUUACGAUCUGCUGCUGGGAAUAUGAAGUCUCUAGACUUCAGUGAUAACAAUCAACAUAGCCUGUUAUCUCACUCUUUGAGGCUUGCACACAAUUGUUUGACAUUUGAUUUUAUUGGCACAUCCACUGACGAGUCCUCCGAUGACCUUUGCACUGUACAGAUACCAACCAGCUGGAGAUCAGCGUUUCUGGAUGUGGGUACCUUGGAGCUUUUCUUUGACCUGUAUAGUGGGUUGCCAUCUUCAUUGUCUCCCUUGGCUUUGUCGUGUUUGGUGCAAAUAGCUUCUGUGAGGCGCUCUUUAUUCAAUAACACAGAAAGGGCCAAAUUUAUAAAUCACCUGGUAAUGGGAGUGCGUAGUAUAUUGGAUAAUCCUCAGAGCCUGGCUGACCCUAACAACUACCACGAGUUUUGUCGCCUGCUGGCACGGUUAAAGUCCAACUACCAGUUAGGGGAGUUGGUCAAAGUUGACAACUACCCAGAGGUCAUCAAACUUAUUGCUGAGUUUACCAUUACUAGUCUACGGAUGUGGCAGUUUGCACCAAACAGUGUUCAUUAUCUACUUAGUCUGUGGCAGCGUAUGGUGGCGUCUGUACCAUAUGUCAAAGCCACAGAGCCCCAUAUGCUUGAAACAUACACCCCUGAGGUCACCAAGUCGUAUAUAACAUCUAGAUUAGAAUCAGUACAUGUGAUUGUCAGGGAUCAAUUAGAAGAUCCAUUAGAUGACCAUGGGAUGAUAGCACAGCAGUUGGAACAGCUGUCAACAAUAGGCCGAUGUGAAUAUGAAAAAACUUGUUCUCUCUUGGUCCAACUUUUUGAUGAAUCUGCUCAAAGAUACCAGGAGAGGCUUUCUGGUGGGCCAACAGUAGAGCUGGCUAUUGAAGAAGGCAGACUUACAUGGUUGGUGUACAUAAUUGGUUCUGUCAUUGGAGGCAGAGUUUCCUUUGCUAGUACAGAUGAACAUGAUGCAAUGGAUGGGGAACUUGUGUGCAGGGUUUUGCAGUUAAUGAAUUUAACAGAUUCACGCCUGUCCCAGGGUGGCUGUGAGAAACUUGAUCUGGCCAUUCUUAGUUUUUUUGAACAGUUUAGAAAAAUUUAUGUUGGAGACCAAGUUCAAAAAACUUCUAAAGUGUACAGGAGGCUGUCUGAGGUGUUGGGCUUAAGUGACGAGUCGAUGGUGCUCAGUGUUUUCAUUGGCAAAAUAAUCACCAACUUGAAGUACUGGGGUAUGAGUGAGCAGAUCAUCUCCAAAACUCUUCAGCUGCUCAGUGACCUGUCUGUUGGGUACAGCAGUGUCAGGAAACUCGUCAAGUUGGAUGCUGUACAGUUCUUGCUAAACAAUCACACGAGCGAACAUUUCCCUUUCCUGGGGAUCAACGCGGGAUCGGGUGCAGCAGGUGACAUGAGAUGUAGGACGACCUUUUACACAGCUUUAGGAAGGUUGUUGCUGGUGGACCUGGGGGAGGAUGAGGAGAGGUUUUACCACUUCAUGAUACCCCUCACAUCUCAUUUUGAAACUGUUGGAGGUCUUCUUGCUAAUGUCAACAUCUCAAUAAAUAUGGAAGAAGCAAAGAGAUCUUUGAUUGGCCUGGCUAGAGACUUGAGGGGAAUAACAUUUGCUUUCAGUAACAAAACAAGCUACAUGAUGCUUUUUGAUUGGAUAAUGUAUAGCUAUCCAUCUUUUACACCUGUGCUGCAGAGGGCGGUGGAGCUGUGGUACCAUGACCCCAUGGUGACCACGCCCAUUCUCAAGUUGUUUACAGAGCUGGCACAGAACAGGUCUCAACGUCUCCAAUUUGAUGUGUCAUCUCCAAAUGGAAUUUUAUUGUUCAGGGAAAUUAGCAAAAUGGUUGUUUGUUACGGCUCUAGGAUCCUUACAAUUGGUGACAUUCCAAAAGACAGAAUCUACCCCAUGAAGUUAAAGGGAAUCUCUAUAUGUUUCUCCAUGCUGAAGGCAGCAUUGUGUGGCAACUAUGUCAACUUUGGUGUUUUCCGCUUGUAUGGAGACAGCGCUCUGGAUGAUGUGUUGUCUAUGUUUGUUAAGCUGCUGCUGUCUGUCCCACAAAGUGAUUUGUUGGACUACCCAAAACUUAGCCAGAACUACUACGGGCUGUUGGAAUGUCUAGCACAAGAUCACAUGUCAUUUAUUAGUAACUUAGAACCACCAGUGUUUCUUUAUUUGUUGUCAUCAAUCAGUGAGGGGCUUACAGCAUUAGAUACCAUGGUGUGUACAGGAUGUUGUGCCACUCUUGACAACAUCAUCACCUACCUGUUCCGCCGCCUCAUCAACAAAAAGAAACAGACCCCCAACCAAGUGCCAGACAGUGAAGCAUUCCUCUGCAUAUUAGAAGUCCACCCUGAGAUCCUGCAACAGAUGCUGUCAACAGUAUUAAAUAUAAUAAUGUUUGAAGAUUGCAGAAAUCAAUGGUCCAUGUCGCGGCCCCUAUUGGGGUUAAUACUUCUUAAUGAAGAGUACUUCAACAAACUUAGAAACAAUAUUAUAACAAGCCAGCCAGCAGAGAAACAGGAAACAAUGGCAAAUUGUUUCCAGAAUCUGAUGGAUGGCGUGGAGAGAUCACUUUUAGCUAAAAAUAGAGACAGGUUUACACAAAAUCUUUCGGUAUUUAGACGAGACAUUAACGACUCCUUGAAGGCCCCUAGCAACAGUCCUACAACAGAUAUGAUGAACUAUGGAUAGCAGCUGAUCUUUGUUAUUUUAGGAUGUUAUGUUCAAAUCAGAUAUUCCAGUCGUAAAUUUGCUCCGUCUGAAUUAGUGCAAAAGUCAAUGGUUGUAAAUAUUUUGGCUGAGGUUUUGACUGCUUUGCUUGUCUAAAGAGGAUGACUCAACGUUGUUCAGUUGAAACAUCAGAUUAAAUAGAUAAGGAACCCUGUUGUACCACUUGAAUUUUUCUUGUGAAUGAUUUUUAUGUAUUUUGUACGGUGAAUUUUCCAAUGUAUUUCUUCCAUCUAUCAAUGUUUACUGUGAUUGCGUUUGGAUUUUUCCUGCUUGUUAGCGUGAUGUAGACAUGCUUUGCCCUCAGUGAGGUCGUGGUUUGAAUGUACAACUGAGCAACUCAUCUAGAAAUGGAGAAUUUUGUUACCAACUCUGAAAGUCAAAAAGUAAAAUGUUGAUGAUGACUGCUGGCAAUGUUGUAAGGAGUUUCUGUUGCGAUGUCUUAUGAUGAGCUUGUUACUUACCUUGACUGGUUGGAUAGAAAGAGAAAAUCAUUUUUUAGCUUUGAUCUCGUGUUUAAAAAAAAUUAACAUUACCCUUGACUGGGUUUUAAAUUUUUUUUUAAUUUCUUACAAAUAUUUUUAAUUAGGAAUUAUUUUGUUCCUACUCUUUGUUGGAAGACGUCCAGAUGAUACAGUGAAGUUUGUUGUGGCCCAAGAAUUGAUCAAUACAAUUUGUUUAACAUAC